UACAGCUUUAAUAAAAGGGUCCCACUUAUGGUUCUUUCAGAAAUUGCUCUUUUCCUUUUAAGUGACGGAGCUGUGCUGUAAUUUGAGAACAGACAUUUCCAAGGGAUAUCAUUAGCCAACCAAAGAGAGCAUGUCUUCGCUAUCCAGAAGUUGAAGUAGCAGAAGAGACGGCCAAAGACACUAGAAAACCAUUCCUCAAUCCAACUCCUUACUCCUUCAAGCCUGAAAACAUCCUCUGGAAAAUUAAACAGCCAAGAAAAAACAAAACAAAACAAAAGAACUAAAAAAAUAAAAAUAAAAAAAAACAAACAAAUAAAAAAACACGGACAUUUCAUCCUGCAGCCAUAGAUGUUGUUGUUGUUAUCCAGAGGAACUAUUCUUAUCAAAGAGAGCAUCACGAGGGGAAGUCAUCUUAAAAACGUGCUCCAGUUCGUUUUACGCUUUUUUAUUGUGUGUUUGUUUGGUUUUAUUUUUUUUCCUUUUUUAAUUUUUUUUUUUUUUUUUUUUUUUUUGCAAACUGGAAAAGCUCACGUGAUUUAGGAUUGACUUGUUUACUUGAAAGCCUGUUGAUAUUUUGCAAACAAAUCGUUAUUAAAUAUUUUGAAACGGUGUGUUUAUAGAAACACUGAUAGCUUUUGCAAAGGAUUAUACGCAUUUGAACUAUUAUAUGUAUAUAUGUGUAUAUAUUGUAUAUAUAUAUAUAUAUAUAUAUAGCCUAUAUAGUAAAAAAUAAAAUAAAAUAAUAAAAACACACACACAAACUAAAACUCAUAAAAAAAUGUUGAUGUUUAGGGUUCAGUUGCUGUUGGCUGCUGGUAUUUUUCUGUUGCCAGUAUGCUGUGAUUUUUACAAUGGACCACUCUUACCAGAAAUGUCAAAUGGAACUCUGCACCACUACUUCGUCCCAGAUGGAAAUUACGAGGAAAACGACGACCCGGACAUCUGCCAGAUGCUUUUUAAAAUGACCGACCACAGACAGUGCGGAAUGGAGCAAGACCAGGACUCGUUGAUCCGAGACGACUUUACGAUCAUAAAGCGGCAGAUUGAGGAUGCCGGGCGGGUGCUGGAGGGAAUCGGCAAGAGCAUCUCGUACGAUUUGGACGGGGAAGAGAGCUACAGCGAUUACCUGAGGAGGGAGACGUCACAGAUCGGGGAAGCAUUUACCAAUUCCGAGAAAUCUUUACUCGAGCUGGAGGUGAAGUUCAAGCAGAGCCAGGAGAACGAGCUGAAAGAGGGUCAUCGCAUCAACGAUGACUUUUUGAACAUGAUGGUGCACACCGGCAGAGUCCUGACAGGCACGCUAGACACAUCUCUCGGGUUAAAGGAUAAACAUGAGCUCCUCUCUUUGAUCAUAAGGAGCCAUGGGACACGGUUAAGCAGACUGAAAAACGAGUAUGUGAAAGAGCUUUCUUAACGACAUGAUAAUAUAAUACACAUGUGCGAAAUAACACAAGGUUGAAUGCAUGCAAAAGUGUUGCAACAUUGGUAUAGAGAAAAAAUUAUAUCAGUGCUUACCUGAUGUCAUACUAAAAAGGAAGAUAUGCAACCAUAUUAUUAUUAUUAUUAUUAUUAUUAUUAUUAUUAUUAUUAUUAUUAUUAUUAUUAUUAUUAUUAUUAUUAUUGCUGUUGUUGUAAUUAAAAAUAAAUAAUAAAUAAAUAAUACAAAUUCAGCAUUAGUAUUGAAGUGCUCUGGAGUAGGAGCUUCAUAAAAAUGAAACAUUAAAGGACAAUAGAAAAGUCCAGUAUUGUGUACACCAUUCUACAAACCUACUUAGUAUGCACGCCAGUAUCGUAGUCCUAAAUCUUAUGCUAUAUAUUAAAAGAACAUUGCUAAGUUAAUGCAAUUUCUACCAAAGCUAAGUUGGUAUUCAGUGCUUUGCCCUGUGCUAAAUAGGAUUUGGUGAACUGUGUUUGCUGCAGAUGUCUUUGCCCAACCAAAGCCUGAUUCAGAAGCACUUUGGCCCAUUAUAACAAAGCAUCUUCCACCGUGCUUAAAUAACACAUGUUUUAUUUUUCUAAAAAAAAAAAAAAAAAAAAAAAAAAAAAAAAAAAAAAAAAAAAAGAAAAAAAAGAAAACAAAAUGUUGGUGUUACAAAGCUUAAAAAAUAAAAUAAUUUAAGAGCGCCUGCUAAAGCUGUUACUAGCUUGUGAAACAAUCUGGCUGCUUGUACAUGGUGCAAAACUUAACGUGGUAAAUGUUUUGUGAUCGUAAGAUUCUUAAGAUUUUUAGCAGGAAAAUAAAAAUGUAAUAAUGAAUUUAGGCAAACGUUUUGAUCUUAAUCAACGGCUACCUAUGUCGCUACAUUUCUUUCAAUAUCAGUACAACACUUUCCUAAAUUAAAAUAUUGAUAUACAUUAUAACGUGAAAGAAACCUUUUGUUGUAAUACAAAUCGUUAUGUAAAUGAGCUUUAACUUGUAUUAAUUUAAUACUGUGACUGUAUAUUUAAUGAACACAAAAAAGGAAGAACUGUAAUAUUGUGUCAAAUGUUCUCAGUGUCCUAUACUCAUGUUAUUGCUCUAUUCAACAUUAACAAGAAUGAUUUUAAUCCCACAUUGUAUUCUACUUGUUAUUAUUUGUUGAAAUAAAGUUAUUCUUUUCAGGAUGAA